GCUGGAAUUUCAUCAGAGAAUCAGAGGGACUCGGCUCCAGGAAGUGCUAAGUGUUGUUUUCUCUACUUACAGCAAACAUCCAUCUUGGGGAGCGUCUUUGGAGACUCUUGUUAUGAUCAGCAGAUGACAACUAGACAGGCAAAUGCGUUAUCCCACCAGGAAGAAGAGCAGGAGCAAGACCCAGAGGAAGGAUUUCCUCCCCAACAUUGCAGAAAAGGAACCUUCACGGAUUUCUUCCUCCAGCUCGAGCAGUUCAACAUGAUUGAAAAUGCUAUCAGCUCCAACAGCCUCUACAGCCCCUGCUCCACUCUCAACUACUCCCAGGCCGCCAUGAUGGGGCUCACCGGCAGCCAUGGCAGCCUACAGGACACCCAGCAGCUCAGCUACACCAGUCAUGGGAACAUCCCCAACAUCAUCUUAACAGUUACUGGAGAAUCGCCUCCCAGCCUGUCGAAGGACCUGACCAGCUCUUUAGCCGGGGUAGGGGACGUCAGCUUCGACUCGGAUUCCCAGUUUCCUCUGGAUGAACUCAAAAUCGACCCCUUGACCUUGGAUGGGCUGCAUAUGCUCAAUGACCCAGACAUGGUCCUUGCUGAUCCCGCCACAGAGGAUACUUUCCGGAUGGACCGGCUGUAGUGGACAGAGGACUGGUGGGCAGGAAGGGGGGGUGAUGCGGAGAGAGCGAGAGAGAGCACGCACGUGCACACGUGAGAUCACCAAGCCCCCCCUCCAGUGUGUCCGAGCUGCUCCGGGACUCUGAGGGAGAAAGGACUGGCCUGCCUUAGGAGCUACCAAGAGCCAGAGCUCCACUGUUGUGUCCAAUUUUAGCAGCACUUAUUCAACACUUGCAGAGUGGCCCUCCUACCCCUUGCCAGUUUCAUCCUCCUGCCCCAGCACCCCCUUCCCAGCCCUUCCACAGGCUUGGCUGUUGAGAGAGGCUGUUUUCCAAACCAACCCCCCUUCCCUUUGCUCUCUCUGCUUGCCACCAAAGCUUCUAGCAUUUGGUCCUUUUGUUUUGCCUUUGCGCUAAAAGGUUUUGGGGUUUGGCGGGACGUGGUGGCAGAAGAGGUUGAGCCCCUUCCCAUUCGGUCAGUCCCGGGGUGGGACAGGACAGAGUUGUCUAGAAGAUAAAUGUUUGUUUGUUUUUGGGGAAAAAAUAUCUAUGUAAAACUACCAAGCCUUUGAUUUAUGUUACAGAGACAGCCACCUCUGCAUGAAGGGGAGAGGGAUUUCCUGGGUUCGGUGGGGAUCGUUCGACGAAGUCUAGGGAAAAGUGGGGAAGCCACCAACCCACUAAUGUUAUGCUGCUCCCUUGUCACUAAGGAAAAGGAGACUGAAAUUGGAUGGGGGGGGAUUCAGAUAACUUUUUGGGGUUUGGGGGAGUGGGAGGUGGGGUGUCAAUGAUUUACAGUCUCCUGCCUGUUUCCCCCGAAUCUCUUUCCUUGACAGUUGUUGAGAACCGUAGUUCUGCCUGUGCACGCAUGCUGCCGUUUACAGAAAGUUAUGUGAGCUACACAAUUCUGCUCAGCACAACAAAUGGGGUAAAAGAUGCUUGUGUUUUUCUUUUUGUUUUUCCUCUGAGCUUUUACUUUGCAGGGGGGUGGGCUGGUAGAAGAAGCGGGAGAGCACACUUUUCUAACUGUGCUUGCAAGUCCUGUCGUUUCGUUGCCUAAGGAAUGCAAAUGGCACUCUUUUUGCAGAUUUUUUUUUUAAAAAACAGGUCUUUUUUUAACAUGUCGGUUCUUUGCUUUGCUUGGAGAAGAUAGUUUGUGUACACUAUAUAUAAUCAAUGUACGUUUGUUGUUUUUUAAAAAAAGUUCUUUCUGAUGCAUGGCAUAUUUGGCUCCUAGGAAAGACGAGCAAAAUCUGUUGGGUCUCAGACUGGCACCUUGGCUGAGGUGACUCAGGAGGUGCCACCAGAGCGGGUUGCCUUGGACAGCAGAAUGAUAGCACUUUGAAGAUAAUGGGAAGAGAGGGACGCAGACCCUGAUGAUAGUAGUGCCCAGGAGCCCCCUACACAUGCACACACACACACACCAAAAUCCUAUGUACACACACUGUUGUUUUGGUCCAACUGUGUUCAGUCCUCACAUACAGAAAAUUGGUAUCUUUUAUUGGCACAGGAGCGAUUGUUUUAAAGGACUUGUCUCUCAACAUGAACACACUCCAGCUUGUCUGAGCCUCAGUUGCAGAUAUAUAGACGGCUAUCACCUGAAGAGAUGUAAGGUGUGCUGUCUGUUCAGUUUUCAGUUUUUUCAGACAGCAUCUACUCCCCCCCAGCCCAAUCCCAAGCAACCUUUAAAGCCCUUGUUUGCUGUGCCAUGUAGAAGUAUGGGAUGUUUUGAUGAAAUGCUCAUUUUUCAAUCUCUGUGGUUGCUCAGGGGUAUUCUGAAUACUUUGGGAAUGUUAACUUAAACAGGGUGCUUGGGCUGGUUACAGCUCACCUUUGAAUCCUUCUAGUUGGCAUGUGCCGAGCAAGGGAUGCCAAGGAUUUUACCCUUCUUCCUGGAACCCUUUGCUUGAGUCCUACCACAUCUUCACUCAGUUUUUCUUCUGCAUCCCAAUGUCUCUUGCUGCUUCAGUUCUUGGACUCUUACUCCCACAAGUUAUUUUUCUUUCUCUUAUUUAUCCUUGGAAUUCAAGGCAGCUUGUAAAUGUUAAACAGCUACAGUGCGCCUUAGAUAUCCGCUGGAGUUUGGUUCCAGGACCCCUUGGAUAGCAAA